CUCCGCAGCCAUUAGCAGCCCCGCGCCGCCGCGGGGAACUACAACUCCCGGCGGCCCCCGCGCCACGCCGCUUCCCGCCGAGCUAAGAUGGCGGCCGCCGUGGAACGUGUGGUGGGAGAGGCGCCGGCCGGCUACACGGCUCUGGCGGUGAAGUUCGGUGAGCGGCAGCGCUCUCCCCACUAUUUGUUGGUGAAGGAGCACCAGCUGCGGGAAGGCGCCGGCACCACGCACCCCCCUCACCGCACCCUCUUCGUCCUCAACGUGCCCCCGUACUGCACCCCGGACUCUCUGUCCAGGCUGUUCAACCGCUGCGGGCAUGUCCAGUCUGUGGACAUGUGUGACAAGCCAGGGCCCGGGGAGAAAAAAGAGAAACUGAACUCCAAGUUCUUCAACUGCAAAACUGUAACGGGAUUUCGAGUGGCGUAUGUGGUGUUCAAGAAACCAGCUGGCGUCCAGGCAGCCAAGGCUCUGUCGAAGGAAGGUCCCUUGCUGAUCUCAGCAGAGAGUCACCCUGUGAAAACUGGCAUUAGGAAGUGGAUCGCCAGCUAUGCGGCUUCAGUUGUGGAUCAGGAGGAGCUGAAGGCUGAGGUGGAUGCCUACAUGCAAGACUAUGACAAAAAGAUAGAAGAGGAAGAAGCCAAAGCAGCCAAGGAGGAGGGCGUUCCGGAUGAGGAGGGCUGGGUGAAGGUAACACGGAGGGGCCGGAAGCCUGGUCUGCCCCGGACAGAGGCGGCCAACCUGCGCCUGCUGGAGAGGGAGAAACAGAAAAGGGCCCGCAAAGAGCUGCUCAACUUCUAUGCCUGGCAGCAUCGUGAGACCAAGAGAGAACACAUUGCCCAGUUGAGGAAGAAAUUUGAGGAGGACAAGCAGAGGAUCGCGUUGAUGCGAGCCCAGCGCAAGUUUCGGCCAUACUAAGCUGUGCUGAGCUAUUCCUUGCGUGCCUGGGCUGGAGAGG